AUGUCUUCCCAACCCACCGUCGUCGACGACGAGAAGAACUCCGCCAAGGAGCCCGCCGUGAACAGCCAUCACGGUAGCUAUGAGGGUUCCCGCGAUGAGGAGACUGGUGUUGUCGCCAAGGGCCAGCCCCUUCAACGAAACCUCCAGAACCGACACAUGCAGAUGAUUGCCAUCGGCGGCGCCAUUGGUGCUGGUCUAUUUGUCGGAUCCGGCGGUGCUCUCCGAACCGGUGGCCCGGCUGCUCUUGUCAUUGGUUACAUGAUUGUCGGGAUCAUGCUGAUGUUUACUACCCAAGCUCUUGCCGAGAUGGCUGUCCUGUACCCCGUCAACGGUGCCUUCUAUACCUACGUUUGCCGAUUCGUCGACCCCUCUUGGGGCUUCGCCAUGGGGUGGGAUUACGCCAUCGCCUGGCUGACCGUCCUCCCCUUCGAGCUCGUCGCCGCCAGUAUCACCAUUAAGUUCUGGCGCGACGACCUCAACAUGGGCAUCUGGGUCGCCGUCUUCCUCAUCGUCCUCGCCAUCAUCCAGAUCUUUGGCGUUCGCGGCUACGGCGAGGUCGAGUUCGUCCUCAGCAUCAUCAAGAUCGCCGCCUGCACGGGCUUCAUCAUUCUCGGCAUCGUCAUCAACUGUGGCGGCGUCGGCGACAAGGGCUACCUCGGCGCCAAGUAUUGGCACGACCCGGGUGCCUUCCAGAACGGAUUCAACGGCUUUGCCGGCGUCUUCGUCGUCGCGGCCUUUGCAUUUGGCGGGACGGAGCUCGUCGGCCUCGCCGCCGCCGAAUCGGCCAACCCGCGCAAGGCCAUUCCCAUGGCCAGCAAGCAGGUGUUUUGGCGCAUUGCUUUCUUCUACAUUGUUAACCUCUUCAUCCUCGGCCUCAUCGUCCCCUCGAACGACCCCCGCCUCAUGGGCUCCUCGGGCGCCAACACAAAGGCCUCGCCCUUCGUCCUCGCCAUCCAGGACGCCGGCAUCAACGUCUUGCCCUCCAUCUUCAACGCCGUCAUCACUAUCGCCGUCAUCUCCGUUGCCAACAGCUGCACCUUCGGCUCGACCCGCACCAUGCAGGCCAUGGCCGAGCGUGGCAUGGCCCCGCGCUUCCUCGCCUACGUCGACAAGCAUGGUCGUCCCAUCUGGUGCGUCCUGAUCCAGAUCGCCUUUGGUCUGCUCGCCUUCAUCGGCGAGUCUGCCGACAGCAGCACCGUCUUCGGCUGGCUGCUGGCCCUCUCCGGCCUCUCCUACUUCUUCGUUUGGGGCUCCAUCUGCCUUUCGCACAUCCGCAUGCGCAUGGCGUGGAAGGUGCAGGGCUACACCCUCGAGCAGAUCCCCUAUAAGGUGCCCCUGGGCAUCUGGGGCAGCGUCAUCGGCCUGUUCCUGAACGUCAUCUGCCUCAUCGCCACCUUUUACAACGCCCUCUACCCUUCCCCCAACGCACAGCCCGAAGCUGAGGCUUUCUUCACGGCUUACCUCGCCGCCCCCAUCGUCAUCUUCCUCUAUCUCCUCUGGAAGGUCAUCUCCCGCGACUGGCGUCUGUACGUGCCCCUCCGUGAGAUCGAUCUCAAGUCGGGCGUCGUCCUGGCCGACCCCAGCGACGAACCCUUGCCCGAGAAGACCUGGGCCAACCUGCCUCGCCGCAUGGCUCGCGCCCUGUUUUAG